AUGAGCCAAAUCAACCCAGAGAAGCCGUCCGGCGUGGCGGAAAUCGAGGCCCAACCCGCCAGCAACCAGGGCCCCGUCUACGACAGCGAUGACAAGGUCGACUACAACCGCACCGGUGCCAUCGACGCCGAGCAGGCCGAGCAUGACAUGACCGUGCUGCAGGCCGUCCGGGCCUAUCCUGCCGCCAGUUUCUGGGCCUUUGUCAUGUCCUGCACGAUUAUCAUGGAGUCGUACUGUGUGUUCCUGAUGGGCCAGUUCGUCGCCACCGAACGUUUCAAGGAGGACUUUGGUAUCAAGAGUACCGUCACUGGCAAAUGGAUCAUCACCGCGUCCUGGCAGUCUGCCUUCCAGUGCAGUGGUCCUGUUGGCGCCUUCAUCGGUGUGUUCAUCGCCGGUCCCAUCACCUCCUGGAUCGGCUACCGCUGGGCCACCAUUGGCGGCCUCAUGUUCCUCAAUGCCUUCAUCUUCAUCUUCUACUUUGGCACCAGCAACGGCAUGUUCUUCGCCGCCCAGAUCCUCGAGGGCAUUCCCUGGGGUGUUUUCAUCGCCAACGCCCCCGCCUACUGUGCCGAGAUUGUGCCCCUGCGCCUCCGUGCCCCUGCCACCCAGAUGCUGCAGCUCUUCUGGGCCGUCGGCUCCAUCAUCGUCGGUGGCAUCACCUACCACUACCAGUCCUAUGACAACUCGGACUCCUACCGCAUCCCCAUUGCCCUGCAGUGGAUGUUCCCUACCCCGCUGGCCAUCCUGUUGUUCAUCGCCCCCGAGUCGCCCUGGUGGCUCGUGCGCAAGGACCGUCUCGAGGAGGCCGUCAAGGUCGUCCGCCGUCUCGGCCGUGUCAGCGCCAACGAGAACCCCGAGGACGCCGUCGCCAUGAUGAAGCGCACGAUUGAGCUCGAGAAGACCGAGGCCAAGCCCACCCUGGUUGAGCUCUGGAAGGGCACCGAUCUGUACCGCACCCUGAUUGUCUGCGGUGUCUACGCCUCCCAGAACCUGACGGGCAACCUGAUUGCCAACCAGGCCGUCUUCUUCUUCCAGCAGGCCGGCAUGGCCGACAACACCGCCUUCGCCCUCGGUCUCAUCACCUCCGCCCUCCAGUGGAUCUUUGUCAUGCUUUCGUGGAUCCUGACCACUUACCUCGGCCGCCGCACCAUUUACGUCUACGGCCAGUUCAUCAACUGCGCCUUCCUCGUGGCGCUCGGUAUUGCUGGCUCGGUCGGCACCAGCAACGCCAUCAGUAACGCCCAGGCCUCGCUCGGUCUGAUUGUGUCCGUGCUCUUCUGCUUGGGCCCUGCACCGGCCUCGUGGGUCAUCAUCGGUGAGACGCCGUCCGUUCGUCUCCGACCCCUCACCACCGGUAUCGGCCGUGGCGCCUACUACGUCGUCAACAUCCCCUGCAUCUUCCUGGCCAGCUACAUGCUCAACACCGACAAGUGGAACAUUGGCGCCAAGUCGGGCUACGUCUGGGCCGGCACUGCCCUGUUCUGCAGCGUCAUGUCGUGGCUCUACGUUCCGGAGAUGAAGGAUCGCUCGUUCCGUGAGAUUGACAUUCUCUUCCAGCGCAAGGUCCCUGCGCGCAAGUGGAAGCAGACGAUUGUCGACAUUAACGACGACGAGUAA